GCUGAGGGGUGUUAAGGAGAACUAGCAGAGGAGGGUGAAGAACCAGAGGCUCGAUGCAGCCCAACUCUGGUGGGGAGCAGGACAAAGAGAAAGCCUCAGAGCUAGAGACUGUGUGGGAUGGAGGUGACCACAGAAUAACAAAAACUUACUGUCUGAAUGCUGACAACGGAAGAGUGAGAAGCAAGGCUGGUCCCUCUUUGCUGAGAUGCAUACAAGCAAAUGCAAGUUAUAUGGCUGUCAGGAGCCGAUGAGCCGUGCCCUCGUGACCCUCCGGGUGGACCCACAAGGCUUCUUCCUCUACUGGAACGGCCCCAACAUGGAGGUUGAACUUCUCGACAUCAGCUGCAUCCGAGACACUCGUACCGGACGCUAUGCCAAACUGCCCAAGGACCCCAGGAUCCGAGAGAUACUGGGCUUCGGGAUGCCGGAUCAGCGGCCCGAGGAGAACCUGGUGACGGUGGUUCACGGCCCAGACCUGGUCAACGUGAGCUUCCUCAACUUCAUGGCGGUUGUCCAAGAUGACACAGCCAAGUUAUGGACUGAGGAACUCUUCAAGCUGGCCACAAACAUCUUGGCACAAAACGCCUCGCGGAACACCUUCCUGCAAAAAGCCUACAGGCGGCUGGAACUCCAGCUGAAUCAGGACGGCCGGAUCCCUGUCAAGAAUAUCCUCAAGAUGUUCUCAGCCGACAAGAAGCGGGUGGAGACCGCCCUGGAGUCCUGCGGCCUCAAUUUCAACAGGAGCGAGUCCAUCAAACCUGACGAGUUUACUCUGCAGAUCUUUGAACGCUUCCUCAACAAACUUUGCCUUCGCCCAGACAUAGACAAAAUCUUGCUUGAGAUUGGAGCUAAAGGGAAACCUUACUUGAGUCUGGACCAGCUGAUGGAGUUCAUUAACCAGAAGCAAAGGGACCCCCGUCUCAACGAGGUCCUCUACCCGCCACUGACCAAGGCCCAGGUGCGCCUGCUCAUUGACAAGUAUGAGCCCAACCAGCAGUUCCAGCAGCGUGACCAGAUGUCCAUGGAAGGGUUUGGGCGGUACCUGGGGGGUGAGGAGAACGCCAUCGUGCCCCCCGAAAAGCUGGACCUGAGUGACGACAUGACCCAGCCCCUCAGCAGCUACUUCAUCAACUCCUCGCAUAAUACCUACCUCACGGCGGGGCAGUUGACCGGCAACUCCUCGGUGGAGAUGUACCGCCAGGUCCUGCUGACCGGCUGCCGCUGCAUCGAACUUGACUGCUGGAAGGGGCGCCCCCAGGACGAGGAGCCCUUCAUCACACACGGCUUCACCAUGACCACGGAGAUACCCUUCAAGGAAGUCAUCGAGGCCAUCGCCGAGAGCGCCUUCAAGACCUCGCCUUUUCCCGUCAUCCUCUCCUUCGAGAACCACGUCGACUCGGCAAAGCAGCAGGUCAAGAUGGCGGACUACUGUCGCAGCAUCUUUGGCGAGGCGCUGCUUAUCGAUCCCUUCGACAAAUAUCCGCUGCAGCCUGGCGUGGCCUUGCCGAGUCCUCAGGAGCUGUUGGGCCGGAUCCUGGUGAAAAACAAGAAGCGCCGGACGCUCAGCAAGGGCUCCGAGGGCAGUGUGCGGAAACGGCUGCUGGAGCAGACCCCCAGCUCCUACAGCGACUCCUCGGGAGUAGGAGAGCCAGGGUCUCCCGCGCUGGGCUCUGCUUUUGGAGAACCACCGGAGGCGCUUCCUCCCAUCAUAACCAACGGUGAGGAAAAGUCUUCGGAGAGGAUUGCAAAGCUGGUGGAACCCCGCAAAUCCAUUGACCGCGAGGCUGAAAGUGAGGAGGAAGAGGAGCAGCCGGACCUCAAGAAGCCCACCACAGACGAGGGCACAGCGAGCAGCGAAGUCAACGCCACGGAAGAGAUGUCCACGCUGGUGAACUACAUCGAACCCGUCAAGUUCAAGUCCUUCGAGGUGGCCAGCAAGCGCAACAAAUGCUACGAGAUGUCUUCGUUCGUGGAGACCAAAGGCCUGGAACAGCUCACCAGCAGCCCGAUGGAAUUUGUGGAAUACAAUAAGAAGCAGCUUAGCCGGAUAUACCCCAAAGGGACCCGGGUGGACUCCUCCAAUUACAUGCCUCAGGUCUUCUGGAAUGCCGGCUGUCAGAUGGUGGCACUCAAUUUCCAGUCUCUGGACUUGCCCAUGCAGCUGAAUCUGGGCAUCUUCGAGUACAACCGCCGGAGCGGGUACCUGCUCAAGCCGGAGUUCAUGCGGCGUCAGGACAAGCUCUUCGACCCCUUCACCGAAGGCAUCGUCGACGGCAUUGUGGCCAACACUGUCAAAGUGAAGAUCAUCUCAGGGCAAUUCCUGUCGGACAAGCGCGUGGGGAUCUUUGUCGAGGUGGACAUGUUCGGGCUGCCCGUGGACACCAAGCGCAAAUUCCGGACGCGGACGUCGCAGGGCAACUCCUUCAACCCCGUCUGGGAUGAGGACCCUUUUGUCUUUCCCAAGGUGGUGCUUCCUACGCUGGCCUCUCUGCGCAUCGCGGUCUUUGAAGAAGGGGGCAAGUUCGUGGGCCACCGGAUCCUGCCCGUCUCUGCCAUCCGCUCAGGGUACCACUACAUCUGCCUGCGCAGCGAGAGCAACCAGCCGCUCUGUCUCCCGGCCCUGCUGGUCUACACGGAGGCCUACGACUAUAUUCCAGAUGACCACCUAACUUACGCGGAUGCUUUGAUUAACCCCAUCAAGCACGUCAGCCUCCUGGACCAGCGGGCCAAGCAGCUGGCCGCCCUGAUGGGCGAGAGCGAGGAGCGGGCGGAGAAGCCGCGGGAGAGUCUGGGCAGGAGCCCCUCCAGCUCGUCCGCAGCCCCCGCCGAAGAGACGCAGAAGCCCCCGCCCAGCCUGCUGGCCCCCACCCGGAGCCCCAGCGUGGUCCCCAGUCAAGUGCAGAGGGACGACCUGAUUGCCACCGUCCUGGCAGAGGUGUCCCCGCAGUCUGUGGAGGAGCUGCGGCAACACAAGACGUUUGUCAAGCUGCUGAAGAAGCAGUACCGGGAGCUGAAGGAGCUCCGGAGGAAGCACAUGAAGAAGAUCUGCAGCCUGAACAAGAAGCAGAACGCCCAGCUGUCCCCGGCGGAGCGGAGCCGGCUGCGCAGCCGGGAAGGGUCCCAGAGCUCCCUGGAAAGCGUGCGCUCGGGCCAGGAGCGGGAGGCCGCCCGGCAGAACCCGAAGCUGCAAGAGUGGCAGAUGCAGAGCCUCCUGCAGCUCCGGAAGGCUCAGCACCAGCUGGAGCGGGACUGCAAGCGGGAGCACCUGCGCCAGGCCCAGCAGCGCCUCCGAGAGAUUGCCCGGGACUGCCAGGCCGCUCAGCUGAAGAAACUGAAGGAAAUUGGCGAGAAGGAGAAGAAGGAGCUUCAGAAAAUCUUGGACCGGAAACGGCACAACAGCAUCAGCGAGGCAAAAUCGCGGGACAGGAACAAAAAGGACACGGAGCUGACAGAGAUCAACAAGCGGCACAUCACAGAGUCAGUGAGCUCCAUUCGCCGGCUCGAAGAGGCCCAGAAACGGCGCCAGGAGAAACUCCUCACGGGCCACCAGGGCAUUCUCCAGCUCAUUGAGGAGGAAGAGCCGAGGUUGGCCGCCCAGCUGGAGCGCGAGUGUGAGCUGGAGGGCCAAACCCUGCCCCAGGAGAUCCGCCGCUACCUCCAAGAAGAGCUGGACGGAGGCGUCAGCAACGGGCACCCGCCGGGAGCCAACGCCAGCUCCACCUCGGCCGAAGAAGACCUGACGGUGCUGUGAGACCCGGAGGCGGCGGUGCUGGUGGUGGACGCGGCGGCGGCGGCGGCACAGAGGCUGGGGGGGGGAGGGAGCCGGGGGGGGCGCGGCGGGGGGGGACGCCUCCUCCGUGGGCCUCCCCUCCCCUCGCCAGCCCAGCAACGAGCGGGCAGAGCUGUGAGAAACACACUAAAGGCACUUGUCUCUCUCUGUCUCUCUCUCUCUCUUCCUUCCUUCCUUUCUUUUUUAAGGACAAAUGCUUUAUUUUUUUAAACUGAUUUUUUUUUUAAAUUAACUAACUGUCGUGGUUUUCUUCCCCGUCUGAGUUUGCGUUGGAGCUUGGGGGGCUGGGGGGGAAGCAGGAAGGGGGCCCUCACCUGCUCCCUCCGGCACUGAGCGGCUUUUCAAGGCACUGGUGGGGGGGGUGUGGAAUCUGUCCCAUUCACCUCCUCUUCUCUCCCCCCUCCGCCGCACAGAGAUGAGAUGAGAACAAAAAGGGCUAUUUUUUAAUUUAAUGGUUGUUGUUUUUUAAUGUACGUUAUGUGCCAUAGAGAGAGACCUGUGGGGCAGUGCCACUCUCCAGGGGUCAGUCAGUGGGUCCCCUCCUCUUGCAGUCCACGGUGGGAGCCACUCUGUAGGGUUGAGGGGCUGCUCGGCUGGGGCGGAAGCGGCUUUUCUGGGCCUGGUGUGCCUGGUGGGUCCCUCGUCACUUUGGGGGACGAGGCAGGCUAGGAGGGGCCAAUCAGCCCCAUGCAGGGUUGUAGUGGGGGGAGGAGAUGGCUUCUCCCCACACUCCUGCUCACCACACACACACACACACACUCCCCUGGAUGUAAUUUUUUUCGUGUCUUACCUUUUUUAAAAAACAUGAAUAAUAAACAUGUAAUUCGGUACA